UUCCAAUUUUUAAUUUUUUUAGUUCAUUAGUUAGUUGUAUAAAUAAUUAACAACCCCAACUAAUUGAUCUUCAAUCAUAUUCACAAUUCAUCAACAAAAACCCCAAAAAACGCAGAGAAAACCAGAAUUAAUAUUCAAUUUUUAGAUUUUCUAAACAUGGUUUCUUUACUAACAUCCUCUAAAACUUUUGUUACAUCAAACAAAUUCACCAUAAAAAGUGCAAUUAUUGGUCCUAAAUACAUUAAGUACCCCAAAAUCACAGAACCAAAACUACCAAAUCAAGCUCAAAAACAAAAAUUCAUCGAUGAUCUUAAUAAGCUUACAAACCUUCCUUCAAAAGAAGCUAAACCAAUUACCAUCACAACCACGAAAAACACGAAAGAAACUAUCAAAUUAUAUACAAUCUUAGUAGGAUUGAGAUGCAUCAAAACAUCGGUAACCAACGUGAGAAUUGGAACUCCUUGUUGUUAAACUCCGUUAACAUGAUCACCUUAACCGCGGCUACAAUGGCCGGUCUAGCCGAGGCUAGUGGACCUCACGGGUUAGGGUUGAAGGUGUCGGCAACAUUACUCUUUGUUGCGGGCACAGGGAUUCUUUUAAUAAUGAAUAAGAUUCAACCAUCUCAGUUGGUAGAAGAGCAAAGAAACGCGGUAAGGUUGUUCAAGAGGCUUCAAAAUAGUAUCCAAACUACACUUUCUCUCCGAACACCAACUCAAGAAGAUGUCGAGGAGGCCAUGGCGAGCGUGUUAGCCUUGGAUAGAGCGUACCCGUUGCCUCUCCUAGGCGCCAUGAUCGAUAAGUACCCCAAGAGUUUAGAGCCUGCUGUGUGGUGGCCGUGUAAGAAACGAUCAACUUCAUCACUAAAACAUAGUUCUUCUAAAGGUAAUGAACAGAAUGGAUGGACUAGGGAGUUGGAGGAUGAUAUACGAGAAAUCGUAGGCGUGACAAAGAGCAAGGAUGUUGAGGAUUAUGUUAGGCUAGGUAACAAGGCAUUGAAGUUGAGCAAAAUGUUAGCUGUCUCGGGGCCACUUCUGACCGGUGUUGCGGCCAUGGGAGCUGCUUGUUUAGGCCAUGGUGGACCGUGGGGAGGGCUCGUGGCGGGUGUGGCGGGGUCUAUGGCAGCUGCAGUGAAUACUAUAGAGCAUGGAGGACAAGUAGGAAUGGUGUUUGAGAUGUACAGAAAUUGUGCUGGUUUUUUUAAGCUCUUGGAAGAAACUGUAAAGUCUACCUUGGAAGAAGGAGACUUACAAAAGAGAGAAAAUGGAGAGGUUUUCGAGUUGAAGAUGGCUUUGCAUUUGGGUCGGAGCUUGUCUGAACUCCGGGAAUUCGCCGACAAAUCAAGAAGAAAUGGAGGUUCUGUUGAUGAGUUUGCUAGCAAGUUGUUUUAAUCUGUUAGUUGUUGAGCAAUUGUAACUAGAGAAUUCUUUUAUUCUUUCAUAAAUUUAGUUUGUUAAUGUAUGUUUAGGUGAUUUUGUUGAUGUAUGAACAUGAAAUUGUAUAUAGCACACGUUUAGGGAAAUGAAAAUACUUGCAUGUCAUCAGUUGGAUGUACAUAUAAAUGUGAAAGCAAGUUUAUGUAUGAAUGCAAGAGAAAAAUAACAUAACUUAUGAUUAAAAGCCGUAAAGAUAAUUGUAAAUGACUAACUUGUUAGCUUCCUAACGAAACACUUUUGUAAAUC